CACACACGGAAGUCAUUUACUCAAAAUGAACGCGUCCAUGCAUGAGUCCGCCAUUCCACCCACUAGCUUCGUGUAGACACCAACAGGUACACACACAUACACACUCACGAUCACAUGGCAGCAUUCCGUUUGAAUGCGCCUAUCCCGUCCUCGUGGGACACAACUGUGAGUGUGUGCACACCAACAGCGGAACAAACGCACCCCCUCCCACACACACACGCUCGCCUCGCUGCAAGCGACGUCAGCCAGGGGUCCGCUUGUCUGCCCUUGACACGGCCCACACACACAUUGAUGGCCACAGUGCGUCUACAAUGAGAGUGUUGGUGUAUUGUGUCUUGCGGCAUGUGAGAUGUGGGAUGUGUAUGGGAGCGGGAGCAUCAGCCGACAGACACAGCAGAGAAUAUCCACCCACUCACGUAUUCACCAAACAAGUGUCGACAACAAUUAAUGCUGCGUUCUGUGGUGUAUACCUGUGUGCACUCGACAGACACCCUGAAGACACACACACACACACACACGUACACACAAGAUAGGGGUGAUGGAUGCAUUGCUAUGCCUCUUCUCGCUUACCCUUUAAGAGCGACGAGUUGCAGUCAAGCGGACAGUCGAUGUUCGGUAUAUCUCACCUUUUUCGAUGGUGAAGUUGCUACCGACCUCUGUGCCGAUGGGGAGAAGCUGUCGAACAGCAGCGCGAGUGGCGUCGCUGCCACGCACUACCAGGGUCAGACUCCGCAGGCCCCGCACGCCAUCCACGAUAGACGAGAUGCCGCUGCGGAUUCGCUCAACAGCCGCUGAGGGCUCCAACUCAUCGGGCACUGAGGAAUAACAACGAAUAACACACACACGGCCAGAAUACACACAUAGGCUGGACAAGCCAGAAUCGUCUCUAAACUGCACUGCAUUGCAUACCUUUUACGAGUAUUUCUAGGUUGUAAAUCGAUGGGUAGCUAUUCGAUGACCAGCCGUCAAAGGCGCCGUCAGUAAGACUGACAGCAUACCAGUGAAAGCUGCUGCCUUGCCACCGGAAGGGCCUGGCGACAGUGACCGUUUCCAUUUCCCCCUCCGUCCCUAGUGCCUCCAGGACGUUCCUCCUUUCGUCUGCACUCAGAGCUGAGUCGAACCACAGCGACUCCACCUUCUUCGGCAUCUUCUCUGCCAGCAACCGAGCCGUAGCACCGCCAACAGAGCUGAGGACCUGUAGCUGCCGGGCCGUUGGAAACGGCUGCAGGUGGUCGAUGAUGGCGGGGCGGGGCGAGGGGGUGUUGGGAGGGGGGACGAAGCCAUCGGCGUUGCAGACCGACAACUCAUUCACGCUGUCGAAUGUGAGUGUCUUGGCGAUAUCGAUGGCCGCCGGGCUGGGGCUGUCGACGGGGUGGGUGAGAUCAUGCUGGCUGAUGACGUACACCACCCUCCUCGCCUUCCGUGCGGCCGCCUGGAUGGCGCUCUUGAAAAGUGGGGAGGGGUUGGGGGGAAAGUCGUCGCUGUAGAAGAGCGACAAGUCGAAACUCUGGUGGACAUUAGGGUCGGCCUCAAAAAUGACGUUGGCGUCGGGCCGGCAGCACGACUUGUGCAGCGACUCGACGGACUCCAAGAGGGGAAAAACCCUGCUGUCGAUAAGCUGGCGGCGGAAAGGUGGGUAAGUCCUGACCAAAAAGCUCAUUUCCACCACCAGCUGAGUGAGCGACCGACGGCAGCCACGCGAUGUGAGUGCAGCCUACAGCACACACGAACAGCAAAGACACGUGGCGUAAUCACAUUCAAACUUGGUCUGUCUUGCUUUCUCAUUCAUUUCUGCUGAAUUACCUGCAGCCUGUCGACCGCUGCACCGGCCUCGUCAACAUCGCCGGCCAGCUGGAUGGUGCCGAUACUCUGCAGCUGACUCAGCGGCACCGGCUGCCCAGCCGCUGCCUUGGGGAUGUGCUCAAACACCGCCGCCGCCCACUGCUCACCCAGCAGAUGGCUGGGGGCGUACUGCAGAUCCCCACUUAUGUGCUGCAGCGACCGUGACGAGCUGACGAAGCGGCCAAGCUCGCCCGUGUACCACCCCUGCUGCUCCAGGCGCUCGAGUGAUGGCAUCCGCCACCCUCUGUCGGCCAAGACACCAUGGUCUCCGACGGCUCCUGUGACGGCUUUGAGUGAGGGGAAUGUGGGGGCCUCGGUGAGGCGAGGAGGGAGAGGGAGACUGCGUCGCUCCACUUCACGUUCCUCCGCCUCACUCAUCCGCACCUCUUCGAAUGCGAUGGUCUCCAGCCGACUGGCCGACGGUCGCACCUCGGAGGGCCUCUGGGGGGCUUCUCCCUGUGUGCCGGGCUGGUCGGUGGCGGGAGGCGGCUGAGAGGGGGAGGGCGGGGCGGCUGUGGUCUCAAUGAUGGUCACCAACACGUCAGUGCACCACAUAGGCUCAUGCUCAGGGUGGCAGAGGGCGAUAUGAGUGAGGCCGGUGAGCCGUGCCGCCAUCCGCUUGACGAGGUCCAGAGGGAUGCGCUGCCAAAAGGUGCGGCCCUCGGUCGGCGAUCGCCAGCAGUGCUCGUCGUCCUUGGUGGCCCAGUCGAUGAAGAGUCGUGUGUGGCUGGGGGCCGCCUGUUCCCACAUCUGCUUGGUGCUCUUGGCCAGCCGCUGGGAGAGGGGGAUGAGCACAUGAAGGGGCAGACACUCCAUCACCAACGAACAAAUCUGCACAACACACACAGUGAGAGCGGCAGGAGUGAGUGUGUCAGUCAUUCACCGUAGAUCCCCUCUGGCCGGUCUCACCGUUUCGAUGCGCUGGCGCUUCUCUUUGUCGCCGGCCGCUGCACUGUCCUCUACACCACUACAACCAGCCGGGCCGCCAGCCACACGUGCGCGCUUGUUGCCGUCGCCAACACAAACCUGGACAGACAGACGCAGCCAUGGGCCGAUCCAUGUGUGUGUGUGUGUCUGUCUGUCUGUCUAUGUCUGCUUACGGCUUUGGAGUGCUGCGAUUCUGAGUUGGUCUCAGCCGAACUCACAGCUGUGCCUACUCGAUGGAUGCACCGAAACAACCUCCCGUCGCCAUCAGAGCCCUGACCACACACACACCAAGCUCUCCUCUUCCCGUGUGACUGCUGUAGGGUGUGCGAACCUGUUGCUGAUGCGGUGGUGUGUGGGUCUGAUUGAGCGGGACGACCUUCUGGAACGGCUCCCGCACCCCGUUGACCGCCUCCACCGCCCUAAGGUGCACCACUGUCCCUCCCUCGGUCGGCUGCACGCGAUACACCUCGGCCAGCGCCAUGCCCCUCUUCGCGACAGUCGACACCAUCCACACACGAGUGCCCUCCUCGUAACACUGAGUCCCACGGCGGGACACCAGCUGCUGAAACGAGCAAGCACACGGAUGAAUCACAUACUGGUUCACGUGUGCUGUCUUGACUGACCGGCGUCUGCGGCUGAGAUCCAGCGGCGGAAGAUGACGAAGCGGAAGAAGCCAUGGCGCCAAUGAAGCAGUGAACCGAAGCAAGCAGCAGACGUCAAAUGAGCGCCUGCAAGGUCAAGCGGGAUGGAUAAGUUGUGUUGCUUUGGCUGUGUGUUCCUUCACUCGCUGCUCACGUGUGUCCCGAACUCGCUUGGCUCGAGACUGAUAUCUUGAAGCAAGGCUGAUUCGACAACUGCUUCGUUGCCUGUGGGUCGCCCAGACUUGCACAGGCCCACAGCUACAUACACCAGCACUUAGUACCACUGGCACUUACCCUAACUUGCCUCAGAGAGAUCG